GGAGCAGCGCGCCCUGUUGAUGCCUUCAGCAUCCCGGCGCCUCCGAGGUCUACUCUGGAAUCUACUUGGCUUUCUUUCCCGUUCUUGGUCCCGCCCUCUCUCCCUCCCUUCCUCCCUCCCUCACCUCCACGCCUGGCUUCCUUGGCUAGCUAUCUCUGCGCUCUUUACCCUUUGCUGGCAGCGGAUAAAAGGGGGCUGAGGAAAUACUGAACACGGUCAUCCCAUCGCCUGCUCUACCCUUUAAAAUCCCAGCCCAGGGAGAUCUGUGCACAGCCAGACCGGGCUGAACACCCAUCCCGAGAGACAGGAGGGCAGGUUUCCAAGCGCAGUUCCGCCACUCGCCUACACCAACGGGCUCCGGAACCGAAGUCCACGCUCGAUCUCAGCACUGGGAAAGUGAGGCGAGCAUCCGACAGUCACGAUGCCGGCCCACAUGCUCCAAGAGAUCUCCAGUUCUUACACGACCACCACCACCAUCACUGCGCCUCCCUCCGGAAGCCUGCAGAAUGGACGAGAGAAGGUGAAGACGGUGCCCCUCCACCUGGAAGAAGACAUCCGUCCUGAAAUGAAAGAAGAUAUACACGACCCCACCUAUCAGGAUGAGGAGGGACCCCCGCCCAAGCUGGAGUACGUCUGGAGGAACAUCAUUCUCAUGUCCCUGCUGCACUUGGGAGGCCUGUACGGGAUCACACUGGUUCCCUCCUGCAAGGUCUACACCUGCCUCUUCGCGAUUUUCUACUACAUGAUCAGUGCUCUGGGCAUCACAGCCGGCGCUCAUCGCCUGUGGAGCCACAGAACUUACAAGGCACGGCUGCCCCUGCGGAUCUUCCUCAUCAUUGCCAACACCAUGGCGUUCCAGAAUGAUGUGUAUGAAUGGGCCCGAGAUCACCGCGCCCACCACAAGUUCUCAGAAACACACGCUGACCCUCACAAUUCCCGCCGUGGCUUCUUCUUCUCUCACGUGGGUUGGCUGCUUGUGCGAAAACACCCGGCUGUCAAAGAGAAGGGCGGAAAACUGGACAUGUCUGACUUGAAAGCUGAGAAGCUGGUGAUGUUCCAGAGGAGGUACUACAAGCCCGGCCUCCUGUUGAUGUGCUUCAUUCUGCCCACGCUGGUGCCCUGGUACUGCUGGGGCGAGACUUUUCUACACAGCCUGUUCGUUAGCACCUUCUUGCGAUACACUCUGGUGCUCAAUGCCACCUGGCUUGUGAACAGUGCCGCCCACCUCUACGGAUAUCGCCCCUACGACAAGAACAUUCAAUCCCGGGAGAAUAUCCUGGUUUCCCUGGGUGCCGUGGGCGAGGGCUUCCACAACUACCAUCACACCUUCCCCUUCGACUACUCUGCCAGUGAGUACCGCUGGCACAUCAACUUAACCACGUUCUUCAUCGACUGCAUGGCUGUCCUGGGCCUGGCUUACGACCGGAAGAAAGUUUCUAAGGCCACUGUCUUAGCCAGGAUUAAGAGAACUGGAGACGGGAGUCACAAGAGUAGCUGAGUUUUGGGCUUCUGAGUUCCUGUUCCAAACGUUUUCUGGCAGAGAUUUAAUAUUCUGUUGAUUAACUAACAACUGGAUAUUGCUAUCGGAGUGUUAAUGAUGCACUUGACCUAUUCCGGUACAGUAUUCUUAUAAAAUGAGAAAGCUUUGAUCACGUUUUGAGGUAAUAAAUAUUUUAUUUAGCUAGGAUUAACCAUGCCACGAGACAUUAUAUAUUCCUAAGCACACAUGAUAAAUGCAAUACAAUUUUGCACAACAGCUUUAAAUAAUAACAAUAAAUUUGAGCAUUCUAUACAGAGAGGAUCAAAGCCAAGGAGCACGCUGUUUUGAUGCUAGGGUGAGCAUGGUACUCAGUCCCUGUUGGUUUGCAUUGCAUCCAUCUUUGUUUCUUCUCUGUCAUCACCACGUUCAGGCAAAUAGCUGACCAACCACUGGCAUGUGUCCGUCCACCCUCCAAAGCCCAGGCCACCUUUCUGCUUUCUGAAAUACUGAUCCUUCCUCCUGAAUACAUCCCUCCUUGUUCCGAGCUUCAAGACUGCUGCCUCAAACUAGGGAUAGAGCAAGUUCCCGCUGAUGAACUUCACUGCAGGUUGUGCUAGAUGGAAUGGAGAAAUUAUCUUCAUUUGAUACAGAGCAAGUAGUUCGUCUCGAGAGAAAAGUUAGCAUGCGUGGUAUGGUUUGUAAGUAAAGAUGAGAGAGAGAGAGAGAGAGAGAGAGAGAGAGAGAGAGAGAAGAAGAAGAGGUAGCCAUAUCUAACAGCCUACUUACCAAAGACCCCAGGCCUCUCUGCUUGGCAUGCCUCCUUUCAGUCCAUCCUCUGAACCCCAGAGAUUAGUGAGAUUUGAAUAAUUAAAUCAUUUUCAGAGUGAAGGGGGUUAUGUCUGUGCUAGGGGAGAGGGUUUUAGCUUUUGGUAACUGAAGAUUUCUUCAUGGAAAAAGUCUUCAUGUUCAAUGUGCCCAGAACUGAUAACUAAACAGCUGACAUUUGUCGGGGGGGGGGGGCAGAUAUGGUGUGAAACUAUGAAAAUAUAAGCAAAAUCUUCACUUGGAACAUGAAACUAUUUCACUUAGAAAAUAAUCGAAGGACACGAGGUGUUGCCUGGGUUGCCAGUUUCUUUCGUGGCUGGGCAGGCAAUAGUGAGGUUGAGGGACAGCGUCUGUAAGUCGCUGCUAAGAGGCACAUUUCCAAAUGAAGCCCUUGGGGAACAUCUGCCAGGGAUCCGCAUGGUGUUGGCUCCAUCCAUUGCUUUAAAUUCCUCCUUGGAUUGAGUAGAAACUUGGCUUCCCGUGGUGUUGAACCUUCUAUGCCUUCUUUGCUUUGUGGCCACCCAGCCUGCCUAGUGCUGCCUAGGAAGCUCUUGUGGCCACCCAAUUUCUUCUGCCACUUAUUUCUUUGGCCUUUUUUCUUUCCCCGGACUGGCAGCUAGUUGCUGAGUGUAUCAAGAGCACCCAGGACUUGCUGCUGUCCAGGCCUGUUCCUCCUCCAGCAUCCUUCGGUGUGGAACUGCUGGGUACCUUCAGGAAGCAGAGCCAGGUGCCACCUUUCUGUGGCUUCCAGAUCCUCCCUACCUCCAACUCAUGUGCCUCUGUCACAGUGAUUUCAGGAAAGCUUGGUAGACCCUCUAGCAACAUUUCAGUUCAGAAAGUCUCUCUGGUUUGGGAGUUAACAGCUCAGCUAAGUGCUGUUUUGUCUCCGUGAGUUAACCACUGAAUGCGAGGGAGGGUUGGUUGUUGAUCUGUCUGUCUCUGUAUGCGUCGGAGUAGACCGCAUAUGCACUUCUCCCUGUGUGCUUUGCAAGAUAAUGUGGCGUUGGCUGAUCCAUGCAGGCAGGUAGUGGUACAGUGCUGCUGAAAGGUAGAAGUUCCCCAUUUUAUCUGUUAAAACACCAGAGGCAUGGGCACGUGCUAAUGGACCUCACUUCAGGAAGAGGGUCUGCUUCCUGAAGCCAGUGUGUGAUGAAAAGUGACUGAGACCUGAUAGCUAACACUCUGUCGCACAGUCCAGGGCCAACAGUGCUAUAGAAAAGUCUAGAAGAAAACAUCACAUCAGUAUUUUAGAACCAUCAACCAUCUCUUGUCCCUACAGCCCAAUCCAGAGGCCUGGUUUUUAGGACUGGCUGUGUAAGGUGCCAAACACUCAGUUCACUUGUAGAAUCAGAGCCUUUUUUUUUCCCCCCUAUGUUAAUUGAACACGUGCUCUGAGCUGUUUUGUUGAAGUAGAAAAUCUCAUAGAAAAUCACUGUAGAUCUACUGACCUAUAGCCCCCUGGAGAUGCCUUUGAGAUGGUUUUACUUUUCUAGGUCACAGAUGCCUGAUUUAUAAGAUGCACAAUAAAAUCAGCUUGCUUUCUUUCUCUCCUGAUCUUAUUCCCCAGAUCUGAUUCAGGCCAUGCUCCAAAGCAAGGCUACAUAGAGGUCCCAGUGUCUUUAAGUAAAGGACACUCUCAGAUCCUCUCAAAGAAGGAUUUACAACAGUUUCCAGAUGAAUGUACUAAUAGCUUUGGGUGCCUUAUCUCCUUCCUAAUCUGUAGUGCCUGUGAGCCCAGCCUCACUCCUUCCCUUAGCCCGGAGACCCCGUUAGAUCGAGUGGGAAUAGUCAAGAGGCUGGCUGGAGAAUCAUCAGUACAUUGAUUUGCAGAAAUCUUUUACAGGCUUCAUUUUGGAAAAUUCGUUUCUGGUAAAUGAUCAAAUUUGGUGGGAAGUAAUUUGAGUGUAUUCGAUUGUAUUGUCGUCCUCUUUACCAUUGUCAAACAUGUUAUAGACGGCAGUUGGCACUGGGGCUGCUAAUCUCUGGGUGUAGUCUCUGAAACUGUAGCUCCAGUAAAGUGGUGUGAAAGGUUAGCAAAGCCACCAUCUGCUGGUGGCUCCAGCCAAGGCCUCUCUUAGCCACCGAAUUGCUAUGUUAUCCUUUCUCUUGUAACAAACCCACCCCAGAGAUAAAGUCUUUAAUCAUCCCAAGAAACUCCUGGGCUAAGUAUCUGACAGUCUCACAUCUCAAUAUUGUGAAUGAAGUGUCCAGAGCAUCAACUCAGGAGGACACACUGAAACUAUCACUCUACGAGAGUGCUGAUAAAAAGGGUUAUUAAUACUGACCUACUACGUCAAGGGCAGUUCUGAGGUGAUUAGAGCUUUUUUUAAAACCAAGUAUUUGGGGAUCCUCAGCAGAGGUAUUCAUACAGGCUCCUAAAGAACGAUAUAUGUUCUUGAGACCAUCGUUUAGUCUACAUUGCUCUUCCCAGAGACUGACAGAUAUGACCAGUCACAGUGCAAGCCUACCUACCCACUGCCAUGAAAACCAUUGCAGGAAACCUUUCCCUUCCCUGAAUGAGAUUUUUUUUUUCCUUUUUAUGUGGGGUAAUUUGUGACCCAAGUGUAAUUUGGAUGAUUUCCAUUAAUAUCAACUCUUGAAGCCUACUUGUACUGAUUGAGAUUGUAUUGAGAUUGUUCCUAAUAAAAGUGGAUCUGGUUGUACUGUC